AUGGACUAUCUGAUCAAUCUGAGCCCACCAGCCCGCUGUCUGAUAGAUGGGGAUAUCAACAUACAGCAUGAUGCCUUUGAACCAGAGGCAGUGAAUCUGCACCGAGGCGGGGAGCUUGUUCAAUGGGCCAGUGAACAUGGGAUGGACUUUGUGAGAGAGAUAGAUGUUCCAACUCAUGCAGCAGAUCAUAUGAUUGAUCUCAUCUUCUUCAAUGUGAUCUUUACUUCCACUACACUCAAACAAUCAGUAAGCCAGCUCAACAAAGAUGAACCACAGCCCUCUGAUGAACAACAGACUGCCGAAGAGCGCACUGAGAGCUCACCACUCAUCAGACAAAGGCCGCGAAGCAUCAGUUCAAGAACACACAGCUAUACAACUGCUGCCUCCGGCUCUGCCACUUCCCAUGACAUAGUCAGCCCACAGUAUGAAGAGGUGUUGCUCAGACAAUCUGCAAUGAAUCUGAUAGCUGCUUUCACUCAUGAAGUGGAGGCAGCCUUCACACAAAACAAGGAAGUGUCCAUGAUCACAAUGAAUGUGCAGAGUGCCUUUGAUGCUGUGCUGUGCAGGCAGCUGCUUCAGUGA